GUCGCCGCCGCCGCUGGGGGUUUGCUGCGGGGAUCCGCGCUGAGCCUCCGCGCAACCCCGAGAUUAGCAUGACACUGGGUGGCCGUCCCGCUUCCUGCCGUGCCAAGGCGCAGCGCGCUAGUCCCCGAGCCCCGAUGGCCCCGCGCGCGGGCCGAUCGCCGGGCUCCGCAGCCACCGCGGCCCGUGAGUAGGAGUAUGCCUGCGGCGGGGGACCCACGCGUGUCGGCACGCGCCCCCACCCUCCCGCGCCCCCGCCAGCCUCGGAAGGAGGAAGCCUGAAGCGGCGCCGCGGUCGUCAGCACCCUUCGGGCUCUUCCUGCGUUGUCGCAGUAGCCGUACCGGUGCUCCCGCGCGCCCCCCGUUCGAGCCUCUGGAAUGAAGAGUGCCUCCCGAGGACUGCGGGAGAGACAGAGGCAGCCAGCGCCAGGGACUGCGGGCCUCGCGCUUGGGAGGUCCGGGGGGACACGACUCGGACGCUGUCAUCCCCACGCCUGGCGCUGAAGCCUCCCGGUGCGGUUGAGGCUGUCGCCGCCUGAUCAAGCUGCUCGGGCGUGCGAUCCCGGGUCGGCCCCCGGAGGCCUCGGCUUCCUCAUUUGUUUGGGUCUUUUGUGCUGUGGCGCACAGUUGGCUAAGCACUCCUGCGCUGAAUCGGGCCAUUGUCUGCGCUCCCAUUGCUUCCACGCUGCAAGUCUCGGCGCCCCCACCCCGGCCGCCCCCUCCCGGCCGCCGAGCCUCCCAACGUGCCUUCCCCCCCAGGAAUCUGGAAGCUGGAAGCCGGGCGGAUUGCAAAUGAAGUGGAAUGCAUUGUGGGACGAGUAUAAAAUCGGAGCCUUCACCGUGGGGGUGUGGGGGGGCGUGGGGAGGGCCGGACCUGCGGCUGGCGGUGUAGACACCGACGAGAAGAGGGGCUGGGGAAAAAAAAUGUGCGCAGAGUCCUCCCGGGUCCUGGCCUCGGUAGACGGAUGAAGCAGCGCGCUGCGCCCCGGCGCUGAGGCCCCACAAUCGGGGCACCAGGGUCGCCCUUGCCCACCAUGAAGAAGACCCGGAGCACAACCUUGCGGCGAGCCUGGCCUAGCUCGGAUUUCUCGGACCGGGCCUCGGACCGCAUGAGGUCCCGCAGCGAGAAGGACUACCGCCUGCACAAGCGCUUCCCCGCGGCCUUCGCGCCCCAGGCUUCUCGGGGCUACAUGACAUCAGGUGAUGUGUCACCAAUCAGUAUGUCCCCCAUCAGCCAAUCUCAGUUUAUUCCACUCGGGGAAAUCCUUUGCUUGGCCAUCUCGGCAAUGAACUCUGCAAGAAAGCCUGUCACCCAAGAAGCACUGAUGGAACACCUGACCACCUGUUUCCCAGGUGUUCCAACCCCAAGCCAAGAAAUUCUGAGGCAUACCCUAAACACACUGGUGCGGGAGAGGAAAAUCUACCCGACUCCAGAUGGCUACUUCAUCGUGACCCCACAGACUUACUUCAUCACUCCCUCCCUCAUAAGAACUAACAGUAAGUGGUACCACUUGGAUGAGAGGGUACCUGACAGGUCUCAGUGUACCUCUCCACAACCCGGAACCAUAACGCCCUCCGCCUCAGGCUGUGUCAGGGAAAGGACACUACCCAGAAAGCACUGCGACUCCUGCCACUGCUGCCGAGAAGACGUGCACAGCAUGCAUGCCUCCACCCUGCAGAGGAAGCCUGCCAAGGACUGCAAAGACCCUUACUGCCCUCCUCCGCUGUGCCAGGUGCCGCCCGCUGAAAAGAGCAAGAGCACCAUCAAUUUCUCCUACAAGACCGAAACUCUCUCAAAGCCUAAAGAUGGUGAGAAGCAGUCCAAAAAGUUCGGCCUCAAGUUAUUCCGGCUGAGCUUUAAGAAAGACAAGACCAAACAGCUGGCCAAUUUUUCUGCCCAGUUUCCCCCCGAGGAGUGGCCCCUGCGAGACGAGGACACGCCGACGACCAUCCCCCGGGAAGUGGAGAUGGAGAUCAUACGGCGCAUCAACCCGGACUUGACGGUGGAGAACGUCAUGAGGCACACGGCGCUGAUGAAAAAGCUGGAGGAGGAAAAAGCUCACCGGAGCAAAGCCGGGUCCUCCGCCCACCACAGCGGGAGGAGUAAAAAGAGCCGGACUCACCGAAAGUCCCACGGGAAGUCUCGGUCCCACAGCAAGACUCGAGCGUCCAAAGGAGAUCCCUCGGACGGCUCCCAUCUGGAUAUCCCAGGGGAGAGGGAGUAUGAAUUCUGCGACCCUCUAACCAGGGCCCCCAGGGAGGGCUGCUUCAUCAUCGAACACAAAGGAGACAACUUCAUCAUGCACAGCAACACGAACGUGAUCGAGUCCCAUUUCCCCAUGACGCCAGAGUGGGAUGUGUCUGGUGAACUGGCCAAAAGGAGAACGGAGAUGCCCUUUCCCGAACCUUCCCGGGGAAGCUCCCACUCCAAAGUGCACCGAAGCCACAGCCAUACCCAGGACCGGAGGUCCAGGAAUGAGAGAUCCAACAAGGCCAAGGAGAGGUCCAGGUCGAUGGAUAACUCCAAAGGCCCCCUGGGCGCUUCUUCUCUCGGGACUCCGGAAGACCUGGCUGAAGGCUGCAGCCAAGAUGACCAGACCCCCAGCCAGUCUUACAUUGACGACAGUACUCUAAGGCCUGCACAGACUAUCGGUCAUCAAAGGGCUCACAUUUCCCCUGCCAGCUAUAAGGAGGUGUGCAUUCCAGAAAUGGUUGGUGGCAGCAAGGAACCUUCUAGUGCUUGUAGCCUCUUGGAGCCUGGCAAACCCCCUGAGAGUAUGCCAUCCUAUGGGGAACUCAGCCCCUGCCCAGCAAAGACGGCGGUGGAUGACUAUUUUCAGUGCAACACCUCUAGUGAGACUGUGCUCACCGCACCGUCACCUUUGGGGAAGAAUAAAGAGGACCAUGACACGUUGACCCUGGUGGAAGGGGUGAAAAAGCUGUCUCCCUCUGAGAGGCAGACCCCUCAUUCUUCCAGAGAACCUGUUGGGCACAAGGAAGAGUCACCCAAAGGGCCAGGUGGGGGCCCUGCUGCCUCUGCUGGUGUGUCAGAGGGAAUGGCCAAUGGCCGCCUUGUCCAACAUCAUAGCGCAGAGCCCGGCAGCCUGGACAAAAGGAAAGAAAUAUUCAGCAAGGACACACUGUUCAAACCUCUACACAGCACCUUGUCUGUAAACAGCUAUCACAAGUCCAGCCUGUCCCUCCUCAAACCUCACCCCAAGUCACCUGUUGACACGCUGCCAGGCCGAUGUGAAAAACUGGAGCCUUCCCUUGGGACAUCGGUGGCCCAAGCCGUGCCUCCGAGCCAGCGUCAGCAGGAGUCCGGGGGGAACCAGGAGGCCUCUUUUGACUAUUACAAUGUCUCCGAUGAUGAUGACUCUGAGGAAGGGGCCAACAAAAACACAGAGGAGGAGAAAAAUCGAGAUGACGUGGGGACCAUGCAGUGGCUCCUCGAGAGGGAGAAGGAGAGAGACUUGCAGAGGAAGUUUGAGAAGAACCUGACCCUCCUCACCCCAAAAGAAACCGACAGCAGCAGCAACCAGAGAGCCACCCAUUCAGCCCGCCUGGACAGCAUGGACAGCAGCAGCAUCACGGUGGACAGUGGAUUCAACUCCCCACGCACUCGGGAGAGCCUGGCUUCCAACACAUCAAGCAUUGUUGAAAGCAACCGCCGACAGAACCCUGCUUUGAGUCCGGCCCAUGGCGGAGCUGGUCCAAACUUCAACUUCCGUGCAAGUACUGAUGCCCCGACCAACGAAGCUGAGAAGCUACAGAAACCUUCCAACUGCUUGCAAGCUUCUGUUACUAGUGUAUGAUUGUCCUUCUGCCUCAGAUCUUCUGUCUCGUUUGAUACAGCAACGUUUACCACGAUUGGGACUGAUGUUUACAUCUCUGCAAAGACAAACAUCUCAAGCACAGCUUGGGGGAUCACUUGAGCUGUGCUGCUAAGUAGGGUAGGGCAAAAAAAAUCUUCGUUUCAGAGUAUUGCUUUCACAUUUAUGGCUCUGUAGCAACCGAAUAGCAGUAGGGGAGAUGUGUAUACUUUUGCUUCACUAUCUGAGCACACAUAGGAAAGUCUAAACACUGUAAGUGGAACAUGCAUUUUUCAAUGUCAUGCAGUCGCCAAUGCCAUUUGAAAUGCCACAGAUGUGUGUUGCUCCCAGCCUAAGGGGAAUGGGGCCAAGGAACUAAUCCUUGACAACUGCCUCCCCCCAAAAAAAGCCAAGUCAUCACAAAAUGUAAAUGUAAGGGUGUCCAUCGUGAGAGAAAUUGAUGCCAAACUGAGCAGAAGGGACCCCAGCCCUUUGUGUGUGAGUCCUUUAAACGCCAGCCAUUUUUCACUGUGAGUUUUCAUGACACUCUCACAGGAGCCCAUGGAAGCGUGUCAGUAAGGGCCCCGAUGGAAGUCCUUAGAGUGUUUUCAGCAUUCUGUUUUCUAACACACUCGAUGCUUGUCUUGAGUUGUUUAACCUUCCGUAAUCACGAACAGGAAUAUAGGCCUUUGAAGUGGACAAAGGAAGGGAAAUCGGUCUCUCUGGGGCACAGCACUGAGUGAUGGAGAAGGUUGUGUGGAUUUUGGGGAGGGUUGGAUCAGAUACUGAAGAAGAAUACCAUCCUCCUUGUGACACUUGGGAUGAGCUAUCUACUAGAGUAGAUGCAGUGAUUAGUUUGUUUGGAAGCAAAAUGUUCUUUAUGCUACAAAUGAAGAAUGUGGCCUGAGGGUGUUAUUCUUUCUAAUGGAAGGGACAUAAAUCUAUUUUAUGUAGUUUUAAAUAGAAUGCCUAAAUUAGGCUGUGGGAGAUAAUUUUUAGUGGUUGUAGGAAAGAGCAAAUUUAGGGAGAGUUAAACUUCAGGCCUUUUAUUCCUGGGAAGAUAUCUGUAGAGAAAACCUUUAAAGUAAUUUUUGAUUAGAACUAUUCAUGGGCCCAUAUAAUAAACAGCAGAGUAUCCACAUUCUGCUGGUAUGGCAUGUCCUUAAUUUGUACUCCCCUAAAAUUUAUCAAAAUGACAAUUAUGCAUACAUGAACUAUGCCAGAGUAAUGUUUACAGAUACUUUGUAACAAUUUCAGGAGGCAUGUUGUAGGUGGAUUGUGUGAUCACUUAUUCAAUAUCUUUUAAAAAGAUUUCUUCACACUCUGCUUUGGUUUACAAUGUCAUGCUCAGUAUCAGAAGGCUCCAAAGCAGGGGACCACUAACCAAUACACUUCAGUCCUACAGGAAAGGCAGAGUUCAGAAGAAAUAUACGCAGAAGAAGCUGUAUACCAUAGGAUUCCUACAGCUGUAGGUACUGGAAGACCAUUUCUACAAGGGUUACCUCUGAUCCCAGUAGAUGGUCUGAAAUGAAGUUUUAUUUAGUUUAGUGUCAGAUGCUUUUUGGAGCCAUGGAUCACAAGUGAAUUCAUAAAUAACUUAAAAUCACUAUCAGAUUAUUUUCACCCAAGAUUUCAGUGAUGAGCAUAAAUCUGUGAGAGAUUUCUUUUUCCAUGUUAGGUUUAAUAACGAGCAAUGUGUUUCAGAAAACACAGUCAUAUGAUCUAGUUGGAAAUGUGUAUGUUCUCACAUUUUGCCUGCUAUUUGGAAGUUGCAUUGGGCUCCUCAAAUUUGGUAUAACAAAUCACUUUUGUUAUAGUGUAGUGAAACUCAAGCACAGUUCUUCGUAUACUCUACAUCAUCGAAAGCUUAAGCCAGUUGGGUUUGAAUCUCAUACCUUAUUUCCUCCCAGGCAUGCCUCAGUUAUUAAAAAACACAUUGUUUAUCUCAUUUCUUAAGUACAUCCAGAAAGAACAGCCAUGUAUCUGGUAUUCUACAUAGUCUGUUUGCUUGAGGAGCUGUAUACCAUACGAUUCCUAGAUUUGGUUUUUCUAAAUUGUUUUCCAAAAGAGCUGCUCUCAAAUUUUUGGCAUACUCAGUUCGUUAAUAAUAGGACCGCUAAAACAAUACAUAGUCUCUGAUAGACCUCUGAAAGCAGCCAUUGAAAGAAUCUAGUGCUAUGUGGGCAGGAAAGGACAUAAUUAUGUUCAAGAGAAGCUUUAAAAGAUGAAUUUUUGAUAGUUGACAAGAAAUAGGUUUACAGAAGACAUUAUUCAACUGUACGCUAUUUGCCUAGUUACUAUGGGGUACAUGACUAAAAAGAGAAAUUAAAAAAAGAACCUCCCUUAGACCAGCAUCCAUUAGCAUAGAAUGGUGGACUUCACAGAUGGUCCGCCACAUGAAAAGAUAUUCCAUGGAGAAACACUCUUGUCUGAAUCUAAUCUGGAUUCUUGAAUGGAGGAACAUUGGUGGCGGGAAGCACAUGACAGAUAUGACAAGUACAUGUGUCUAAGAUGGUCUCAUCCAGAUGAUGAGACUCUUGAUGCCCCAAGCCUUGAGGCCCUUCCCAGGCUUUGCCAAUAUUCUUCUCCACUGGAACCAUAGCUUUGUGUUACAUGACUGCAUGUCUAGUCUUAGAAUUUAUCAAUGGAAAGGUUUACAAAACUGAAUCUGGUUGAAUCUCCGUGAGGCAUUCAACUCUAAAGGGUCAACACAUCUGUCGGCAUUUUGCACACUUAUAUGUAUUAUUAUGAUACAGCAUAUCACUUUAUGGUAAUUUUUAUUUUUACAUAUAACUACCUCCAUGAAUCUGAUGAAAUGGCAGCAGUGUGUUCAAGUGUGUUCUUCAGAAAAGCGAUGUUGCAAACAUGCUUCGGCAGUAGGCCAUGGCGUUCUGUGUGUGUCGGUGACUUGCCCAUUAGACUCAUGACUUUCUCGCUGCCAUGGGUUUUCUUUCUCUCUCUCAUCCCCUCCCCCCAUGAAAGCACAUUUGAUUUGUUACAAAUGAAUGAACGCUGUAAAAUUAUUGUCUUCCCACUCCUCCAUUCCUGCUACAAAAAAAAAAAAAGGAAAGAAAGGAAGAAAGGUCCUCUUUGGCAAAGAGCUGCUUGAUAAGCAUUUGAAAAUUUAUUAAUUCCUAUAGAAACUAGAUUGGAUUGCUAGGUAUUUUUCAGUAACAAAAGAUGUGAGAAAUCUGAACUGCCAACUUGAAGCACUUUGGGCCUCUCUGCCUUUAUCCUAUGCUACCCUAUGGAGCCAAACUUUCCUUUUACUAAGAGAGCUGUGCCAUGCAUUCUGAGAUGUCUGUUAAAUGAAUUUGUAAACCAUUUGAUACGUUUUGCACAUCUCAGGAGACCUUAAUGAAUAUGUGAAAGGGGGUGGGUGUAUGUGCACCCAAUAGAGAAAACAAAUUAGAAGAGCUGAAAGGAGACUAGCUGGGUAGAAAUAAUAAAUGCCUGUGUCUUUGAUGUUGAAGAAUCCAGGUUCAGGAAAUAUAAAUCGAAAGGGAAUCUGGAGGAGCAGUGAUCUGAACACCAGCUGUUCCUAAAUGUCUUUAAAAAAAACCUCAACCAAUAUUGUUAAAAUGCACAUUUAAAUUCUAUUCCAUCCGCCAUCAAGACAGGAAUGGUGGUCAAUAGAGAAAUACCUUUUUUUUUUCAGAUUGACACAGCUUUGUAAAGUUCUACCCAGAAUUUACCACUUGUCACCACAAAGUGUACUUGAAGAUAAAGUUUGUAACUUGAAUGAAAGGCAUAAUUCUCACAAAACCAUAGCGAUCAUUUUUUGAGAAAUGUCUUACCAUUUGGAAGGGGUAGCAUCCUGAGCUUCCGCUAACAACCAACAACUGGUCAUGUUGCGCAGCUCAUCUGGGGAUCUCACAGUGCUUCCGAAGCGUUAGAUGUACAAUUACAGAGCAGGUCCUGUUUGAAAUACCCAUGCUUGACAGGGGCAAACAGACAGAGUGACUCAAGAUCACCCAGAAACACAGUGGCAGCUAUCAAUGACGUUUUUUCUAUCUGUUUGAUAGGCCAUUGUGAGAAAUCACUACAAUGCUAUUUUUCUGAUGUGUGCUAAUAAUAAAGAAAACAAAUUCAGCUUGACACCUUGUCCAUUUUCAUUCAAAGAGUUAUGGCUGUUUGGAAUCUCAGCAUCUCAGCACACAUGACUGGUAUUGAGUUAUGAACUGGGAGAUGAACAAAUCCACACCAAGGCCAUUGCCGUUCAAGGCCAUCCAGACAUCCACCCCUGUUUACAGUUUCUUAUUGGGUUUCUGUAAUUCCUGUAAACCCCAUCAUCAGGAACAUUGGCUGCUCCAGGCAGUGGAAGGUGCUGAAACAGUUUUUCAUUUUGUUUUGUUUUACUUUAAAAUAUUUUUAAGCACUCUUCACAGUGCUCAGCUAAGUAACAUUCGCUACAGUAUAUCAAGCCCUGCUUCAUAAAUCUGGGAGGUUGGUCCAGUUCCAAGUGUUCUCUCAAAUAAUGAGACAGAAGGUCUUUGAUACCUGCUUUCUCCAUUCCCACAGGCCAGUCCCAGUUCCAACUGGCAGUGUAGUGUCUGACCACAGUGGACCCAAGCAGAAGUGGUUGCUUCCUUACCCGCCCAUCCCCACCCAGUUACGCCCCACUCAUUGUCAAAGCCAUCCAAUAAUGUCCUGUGAGCGAGGGACUUCUUGGCCUGUGUGUAAGGCUUGGGGGGAAGCUAGAAACAAGAAAAAUGAAUGCAAAAGCCAUGGGAGGCAUUGUUUUUCUAGUUAAGUGUCAGGGAAGGGAUUGCUCUUAUCUGAGCUUUGCCAAGAAAUAUAAAACAAUCAGCUGUCACCACAACCUUCUCAGAAGGUGUCUUAAUAUUAAUGAUACAACUGGUAUUUCCCCGUAGAGUUUUCUUUAGGAUACAUUCAUAAAUUAUACAUAUGGGACAUUUUAUCAUUAAAUCGCAUGUGUCUGUAAAAGGUACUGCUGCUCUCUGAUUGGCAUCUGUCCCCUUCCCUUGUCUUGCAUCAACAACGCAGAGAGCCCCCCCCCCCCCCCAGUGAUGGCUUCUCUAAUACACACUUCAGAGUCUGUACUGCUGUCCAUAGACUUGACAGUUGAUGACUCGCUAACUUUAGAAUUCAACAAAGCUCGAGGGGAACUAAGCCUUCUUGGGAUUGUGUGCAGAGUCAGAGGCAUUUAAAUGCUCCUGGUUGGCUUCGCAUGUAAACACACACACCCUGCUAGACGAGGAAAAGGGUGUGUCCAAGUGAGGCAUCAAUAGUUCUAGAAAGGCAGAAAUGGAAGGUUAGAGUUCGGCAGGUCCUUGUACACCUGCCCACCUCCCUGUCCAAAGCCUGACCUUGGUACCUCCGUUCCCUUGCUCUUGCCCAAAAGAGGUACCAAACCCGAGACUCGAGCUCUCCUCCCACCCCAGUCCCCUACAGCUCCAGGAAAUCCAUUAUAUAGCAUCCUUGGCAUCCCUAACUCGACCUUUUCCUCUGAGGAUCACCCUCCCUGCCUCCUUGCCCUCCCCCACCUAGAUACCUACACCACCACUGUUUCCACAUUGGAAGAACAGAAUACUGUGCAGUAUUGUGCACGCAUGCCAGUUAGGAAUAAAACUGCCCUAGGGUCGCCUUCAUGUAAGUGUCAACAGCUACAAACUAAAAGUCCUUAGAGCAGUGACAUCGAUACAAUUAUCUGGAGGGGAAUUCAAUUUGUGCAUCCAUGAUUUCAAGGGAUCAUGACUCUGCAGGUGUCAUUCUCUGAGUGACUGAAUGUGACGAUUACACUAGGGACAACGAACUAAGAAGUGCAAGUGGGAAUUACUGUAUGUUAGGAAGGAGUUUUGCAGCCAAGACUGCCUUGAAUAAAAUGUUUUUGCACUGAAAAAAAAACACUUUAAAUGACUUGGUCUCUGGUUGCCGUAAAGGUCAUCCAAGAUGGAUGUUCUGUUUAUAUUGUAUAGUAUUUCAUAUGAAAUAACUGCAGUUCAUGAAACGUCUUCCCUAAUGUUACUGAUUUCUAACAGCACAUUUGUAACAUGGUUUUUAUCGUGUCCGUGUACCAUAUUGUAAAUGAUGAUUCCUUGUCAUGCUUAGUAUAAUAACUUAAAAGGAAAAAAAAAGGACAGGGAUUUUUGUAAGUCUAUAUUUGAAAGUCCCUCCAUAUGGUAAUAUUGUGUUCAUGUUGUUUAUGUAGUGUUGUGUGAAAUAUCCAUUUUGGAUUGUGUUACUUUUUAAGAUAUUAAAUAACAUUUGGUUAUA